AUGCCGAGCGAAGACGCCAGCAAUGGCGAUGGUGAUGAUUGGCUUAUCGAAUUCUUGUCCUGCCACCGGCCAGCGUCGUUGGGCCCCUAUGCUUGGCAAAAAGAAGCACAUCGUGGAAAGGAGUCUAGAGAAGUCGCUUUUGGUGAUUUCCUUGGUGAACUUGGUGUUACUCCAGAAGUUCGCUUUAGAAGCCGGACCCCUUAUCAACGUUUUGACCAAGAUGAGAUUCCACCAUAUUUGAAAGAUGAAAAUCUGAAGGCGUUGAGCCGUACAUCUGAUGUGUUCCUGUCCAUCGAAAAACAGAAGAACAUGUCCUACAAACUUCCUAAAGCAAAGGCCACAGCAGUUGAGAAAUACCAGCACAUGCACAUUAUCUUUGCAUCCCCAAGCCCUGUUGGGGCAGCCUUUCUCGAAGCAGCUCUCAUUGACAAGUACCGCAGUGCCCCGGCCAUGCAGUCCAUGGGGUCGCAGGGACAAAGAGUCAAAGGUUUGAAGGGGUGCAAGAAUAUCUUGCCUGGUGGCGAUUCGAGUGGCAAGGACUUCGAAGGUGAUGGUCCGUUUUUGACCUACAUAGUUUACAGAUCCUUUAAGGCUUCAUGCUCUUCCCAGAUUGAGACGGCUCGCGCGGUGUCGUCAGAAAUGGGGGAGGUGAACUUUGCAGGCCAUACAUUUUUGACUCGAUUUGUUGUCUCAGUGCUUCCAAAGACAGAGUACCAGUCCAACCCAGACUACUUUCAUGAAACGAUGGACAUUUUCGCCAGAGAGUUGAAAGACCUACUGGAAUCUGGGAUUACUGAUCCAGUGACUGGAGAAGUUUGGAGGUUCGCUGUGAUUGGGAUCAAGGGUGACAUGCCCUAUCUUCAAAAGGAGGCUGCCCAACAGUUGAAUGCUGCUUUGACUUUUCUCUACAAUGCUUCUGCGGUGUCCUUUGGUGGAAGUCAUACUGGAGGCACAGGUGCCGAGUUUAAGGAUGCCAUGGAGGUGAAGUCUGGCUGGCAGACGGUCUUGAGCGCGGUGGAGAGCUACAACUUGGGGCAACCGAGCUGCAACCCCAAUGCCUUCUUCGUGUGGGGUUCGCCCGGUAGUGGCAAGUCUUGCUUCGUGGGACGACUCAUGAUGGAAAUGCUGGACAGGUAUGAAAACCUCAUUCCCUUGAUGUUGCCAGUGGCUGACCUUGUGAAACGCUCUGACCCAGACGGCCCCGAUGCUGUGGAUGCGGAGGGGGUGCAGGGUUGGUUCGAUAGCUAUCUGCGGGUGACCUACGGCGAGGACAGCUUGCGCUACAGCAUGAUUUGCCAGGCGCGUAGCAUGUCGCGAGUGGUCUUCCUCUUCGAAGGCUUGGAAGAUGCGGAGAAACUCAGCAAGGCCGUUGAAAGCUUGAUCCGCGUGCUGGUGCGAGCCAAGAAUCUCGUGGUGGUGACGUCCAGACCACUGCUGAGUCGUGACCGCUACAGCGCCUUGGAGAACGAAUCGGAGCUGCUGGUCACGAUGCGUUUGGAAAACCUCUCGGACGAGCAGAAACGCAUUGUGGCCUACGCCCGCCUCGGGGCAGCUGGUAUCGAAGCCUAUGACAACCUCCUGUCCAGGCUGCGAACCUCUCAGAACGUCAGCGACCAGGGCACGCAGCAGGGGGAAGAAACCUCCAACGAUGGUGCAGAGGACGUCUUUGGAAAUCCCAUGAUGCUCAGCAUGCUCCUGUGUUACCUGCAAACCAUGGGCCGACGCAGUGAAGAAUUGGAGGCAGAUGAAGAAAAGGCAGAGGAAUCCGAAGAAACCACCCUGACGGCUGUCUACCGCGUGGCUGUGGAUGUGCACUGGCUCAGAGUCCUGGGCAGCGGCACCAGCCCCAACGCUGCGCCGUGUGCGUCAACAAAGGACUGUGGGGAUGAAGCCAAUUUGCUCAGCUGGAAACGCCACAAGCGUCCGCACUACGGCCCUCGGGGUCGGCGCCGGCCGCGCUAUGGCUCGGACACGGACGACAACUUGUUGGGCGACGCCUCCGGGCUUGUGUCUUGCUAUUACUCCAAGACCUAUGAAUAUCCAGCCGGCGUGAAUCAAUCGGAUUCGAGUUCUAUCGACCAGUUGGACUCGAGGUGUGCUUCUGACAGCUAUGUGAACAAUGACAGCGUGGCCACCUGUAUCUUGAAUUCGAACGCAGCCGGCUAUGACUAUGACAACUCGAACAUCAACAACGACUCUGUUUGUCCCUACUAUUCUGAGUCGACAGAGUAUCCGACUGUGACCACUCCUGAACAGUGCAAGCAGUACUUCACGCAGUUCAUCGCCUUGGGUCAAGCUGUUAACGUCACGCUGUAUGGGGAGAACUACGUGACAGGCAUCGGACAUGGCGUUAUCAAUGGAGUGAGGGGAAACUGUUGGAUCAUGAGCUACGAGGGCCGGAAGGCGGUGAUUUUUCAAGUGGACAUCCGUUCUUGGUCGUUGGAAAUCACCUAUGACACGUUGAUGUAUCUCACGAACAAUCAAAAUCCUGGAGGAAACUGUUUUGUUCCCGAUGUCAAAAUCAUCAACUGCACCGAUAUUCCGGGCGUGGGGUAG